AUCUCAGCCGUUCUGCGGGCCGCACGAAGUCAUCCGGGCUGCGGCGAGGUGGGGGCUGAAGGAUGAUGGCUCGCCUGCAUACCCAACCUGGGCCAAGCGGAUAUGCAGAUGCUCAGCGUAACGCCGGAUGUACUGACCGGUUUGAACCACGCCCCGCCUUGAUUUGCGGCACAGUCGUAUCUUGAUAGCAGCCAGCCUUCGCAUUUCGGCGCUUCUUUGUACCUUGGGCAGGCUGUGUAGCUUCAGCCUUCAUCACGAUGCGAACUAGGCUUCCCACAUGCCCGCCCUCAAGCUUGCGCCUCAAAGACAGUCAUGGUUGACAGCACCGCCAUUGGACUGCUCAGAUCAAUCGCAAGUGCAUGUCGUCUGUGUGCUUGAAGCGUCUCCAGCCGUUGCUCGCCGCUGGACCCCCACCGCAGCGGCCGUCGAGGAAACUGGUCCUGUCAGCCCUACUCUUGCGCGACCGUCUAGCAUAGUCAUUGGGGGAGCAUUCGUUGGAGCAUUUCUUGGUCUACUGAUAUUGCUACUCCUGAUAUGGUGCUGUUGCUGCGACCGUGGCCGUGGUCGUAAUGGUAGUGACAAGAGCUCCUCUAAGAACUCCUCUAAGAGCUCCUCUAAAAGCUCCUCCACACGCAGCCCACCAUCGUCACCAAGAGCGCCCUUACCAGUUCCACCGCCACCUGCUCCGAUUAGACCACCACCUAGUGCCCGUGGCUCAGGUCCAGUAGUGACCUCUCCAUUCCGUCCAUCACCCGGUUCAGCAGGGGCUGGUUCAGCUUCCGGUCCGACACCUGGCCCAACACCUGGACGACCAUCUGGACCAUCAUCUGGUCUGGUACGGCUUCCACCACCUACUGCAGCAGCUCCUUCAGUUCGUUCAAUAGCUACACGGUUUAGCCGUCAAGCUCCUCCUGCACCAUAUCAUCGGGGAUAUCUCCCAGAACCUGCUCGAAUCCUCGCCCCCGAAUAUCAGACAGCGGCACCUCAGGUAGCAUAUCAAGCAGCAGCCUCUCAAGCAGCAGCGCAAGCAGUACCUCAGGCAGUACCUCAGGCAGCAUCCCAGGCGGCACCCCAGGCGGCACCCCAAGAGGCAUCUCAGGCAUACUUUCAAGCUACUCAGGAAUAUUACCAGCUUCCUGUCGAACCUUCCCGGCCUUCUAAGCAUACGCAUCGAUCAGCAGCUUUUAGAAAGGAUGAAGAUGGGAACUAUACACUAAAGAAGAGUCGAGGGCCAGCGCGCCCUGAGAGACACCGUAGAGUAGAGCUUGAUUCGAUGUCUGGCUCCAGCGGCAGUCACAGGGAACGAGUAUAUUCCCCCAUCUCAAUCUCUAAAGUGCAAUUACUAAAUCACGAUAGUCUGUCCCUCGCACACAAGGCAUGGCGAAGAUACUGUUCAUGAGACUCUGAUCAGCAAGCCAUCCAUUUGAGAUAUCUCAGAGCCGAUUUUGAGUUUGUGGAGUGGACACUGCUCGGUGCAGAAGUGAGCCCACUAGGAUUGGACAGUAGC